GGAAGUGCCGACGCUGAGGCGACUGCCGGAAGUUGAAAGGACCCGACUCGGUUUGUUUUGGUGGCAGCUGACGGGGACGGCGCUUCUGUUCCGCAGGCUUCGUCGCGGGUGGUUCGCCAUGGUGUGCGAGAAGUGUGAGAGAAAACUUGGUACUGUAAUUACACCUGAUACAUGGAAAGAUGGUGCAAGAAACACCACAGAAAGUGGUGGGAGAAAACUAAAUGAAAACAAGGCAUUGACAUCAAAGAAGGCAAGGUUUGAUCCUUAUGGUAAAAACAAAUUUGCAGUAUGCCGAAUUUGCAAAAGUUCAGUUCAUCAGCCAGGCUCCCACUACUGCCAGGGAUGUGCAUACAAAAAGGGCAUCUGCGCAAUGUGUGGGAAGAAAGUAUUGGAUACAAAAAACUACAAGCAAACAUCCGUUUAAUUAUAUACUACGAACUUUUUCUUGACCAGCUUUACUUUAAAAACAGUUAUCAACGUUGGGGGGAAAUGUAAAAGAUGGCAGACACCGUCAGAAUUUGCAUGGACCUUUAGUUGCACUUUGUUAGCGCUGAUUGUAAACCUGGAUCAAUGGUCCAAUUCAUACCUGUAUAAAUUUAUAAUAAGAAAACUGGUGUGUUGGCAACUUGAUAUGGUCACAAUUGUCAUUUGGCGUUUUGAUCUACUGAUAUUAACAGUGAUCUGCUAGUGACACUUAAUGGUAUAAAUAGAAAAAAUGUUUCAAUUCAACUCAUUAGGCUAGUUUUGAGGAAAAACUCAAAAAAGCCAGCAGAUCAACUUUUUUCUUUACCCCACUGCUAUAACAAGAAUUUGUAGAUUGCAAGUCUACCAGCAGAGGGAUUGCCGAAAUAAAACUGGCAUAAAAUAAUUUGUUUUUUAAUGUAGGUUUACUUGCAAAUGUAUGAAAUGUUGCACAACUUGGAACCCACCAAGCCAACCACCAGCUCUGUAAGCUUCCCGGUUUUGUUGCCUGCCUAUAAGUGCAAAAACAAAAUGUUCUCAAGAAGCUGUCAGGUUAAAAUACAUGGUUGGUUGGCUUCAUUCAACUAGGUGAGUCCAACAUUCUUAGAACCUGGUAUAUAACAAGUGUGCUAUCGUUGCCAGCAUUAUUUCCUUUAAUCUGGUUUUGUUGGGGUGAAGCUUGAAGUUGAAUGAAGAAACCUAGCAUAAAUUAGCCUUUAACUUCAUGAUUCAAAAUUGGCGUUGGGGCAAUAUUUGUGCAUGGAUGAAAAAUUGUAUAUAAAGUGUUUCCAUUUUGUUGUGCUUAAAAAAAGAGGUGACUGCCAUAUAAUCUUGGUUGAGGGUGGUAUUAGGGUGUUCUUGUAUGUUAUUUUUGUUUCUUAGUGUGUUAUUCUUUGAUCUGUUUGAUAGUUAAUACAUCCCUUGCAUAUUGGUGUUGCCAUGCUGUAGAGAAUAGAAGCAAAAAUAAUCCAGGAUUUGAUUCUGAAGGAGAAAAGCCACCUUGGUUUGGCUAGAUGUGGCAGCAGGACAUACCACUUGCCCUCUUGCCUGCCCAUACUUUGGAGUUCGCUUCAGAGGCUAUUCUCUGGGAGUCAUCCACCUUCUGAGGUUAGAGAGGUGAUGGCUUGAAGAGAGGGCCUUUUCAGUAGUCUCACUCCAACUCUAGUAUACAGUCACCAAGAAAGCUUGCCCUAGCACCUACUUUCAGUGCCAGGCAAAUAUAUUUUCUUUUUCAAGGUUCUCAGCACCUUCUGCAUAUAUAUUUAUUUUAUCUUUCUGCUUUAAUAAUCCUUGGAAUUUCAGUUCCUGGUUUAAUUUCUGCUUGAGAUGUAAAUGUAAACGACGGAACUCAGAUGGCAGAAGACUUGGACCAGAUCCAUGCAAACAAGUUUCAGAGCUCAUGUGAAAGUUAUUCUGUGGAGCCGGAACAGCAACUUAUUUGUAAAAUGUUUUCAAAAUAAGCACUUUGACCUGAAUGCCAUGUUGAUUAGGGAACUUGGAAGCAAAACUGUUUCUUGGAUGAAUAUCAGUUAUUUCAUGGACAAGGUGCGUAAGUGCAGUGUGAACCACAACUUGCUAUCUCAAACUUUGUCCUUCCUGGCUUGUAACACCUAGCAGGAGAAAUUGGCAGGCCUGGUGGACAUGAUAGUCAGUGCACUUUUUGUAGCAGGAUUCAUGCUGGUGGUCUCAGAAAGUCAUCGGGCCCCUUAAUAAAAAAAUCACCCCCUGUCCCUGCUGAUCUGGGCAAGACUAUGUGGCGGGGGGUUAUGACCAGAGAUUCUUAUGUUCCCCCCCCCAUUACUUUUGAAGAGUUUAAAUAUCUUUAUUUUCUUAUGCUUUUGGUGGUUGAAUUUUGGUUCUUCCUGUCUACCGAUUUCACUGGUUAUUCCAUUAUGUUAGUUUAUUGAUGAAGCAGUUUGUACAUUUUUAUAAAUUUAUUUUAAAAAUGUAACUGCAAGGCAACAUUCCUAAACACUGGAUUGAAGUGUUCCGGAGUUUAAAUGAUGUAUUUGUAAAAAAAUAAAUGCUGGCCAAAAAUGCUAAAUGUGAUUGUAAA